GCAUAGCACUGAUGCGUGCUAUUAGUAGCGGGAGUAUUAGUGACUGCCGUGAGACUCACAGAACAUGCAGUAGUAAUAGUAGUAGUAGUAGUAGUAGUAGUAGUAGUAGUAGUAGUAGUAGUAGUAGUAGUAGUAGUAGUAGUAGUAGUAGUAGUAGUAGUAGUAGUAGUAGUAGUAGUAGUAGUAGUAGUAGUAGUAGUAGUAGUAGUAGUAGUAGUAGUAGUAGUAGUAGUAGUAGUAGUAGUAAUAGUAGUAGUAGUAGUAGUAGUAGUAGUAGUAGUAAUAGUAGUAGUAGUAGUAGUAGUAGUAGUAGUAGUAGUAGUAGUAGUAGUAGUAGUAGUAGUAGUAGUAGUAGUAGUAGUAGUAGUAGUAGUAGUAGUAGUAGUAGUAGUAGUAGUAGUAGUAGUAGUAGUAGUAGUAGUAGUAGUAGUAGUAGUAGUAGUAGUAGUAGUAGUAGUAAUAGUAGUAGUAGUAGUAGUAGUAGUAGUAGUAGUAGUAGUAGUAGUAGUAGUAGGUUAUCUAGCUAUGCAUUGAUAAUGCUAGAGACAACGUGCUUUUACGAAUACUUGGUGAUGCCUUUUGGGCUCACGAACGCGCCCUCGACUUUUCAGAUGACCAUGAACGGUGUUUUCCGCGAACUCCUGGUUAAAUGCGUAAUUAUCUACCUCAACGACAUCCUCAUCUACAGCCGCAGCAGGGAGCAGCACUUAAAGGAUCUUGAUGCAGUCUUCACGUUGCUGCACAAGAAUCGACUCAUUACGAAAGGGUCUAAGUGCGAUUUUCUUAAGCAAGAGUUGGAGUUUUUGGGCCACGUCGUCUCUACCGAAGGCGUGAAAAUCGACCCCAGGAAAAUCAAGACCAUACAGGAAUGGAAGCCGCCGACCAACCUCAAGGAACUCCAAAGUUUUCUGGGUUUUGUCAACUACGUCCGCCGCUUUAUCCCCAAUAUGGCUGGGUUAUCUGCACCGCUAACAGACCGAUUGAAGGAUCACGUUUGUUUUUGGUGGGGUGAGAAGCAGCAAGCUGCAUUCGAUCAACUCAAAAUCGCCCUCACGUCGCCACCCGUCCUUCGCAUCUCCGAUCCCAACCAUCCAUACGAAGUCGUCACCGACGCCAGCGACAUCGCCAUCGGUGCAGUUCUCCUCCAGGACUUCGGCGACGGGUUACAACCGGUCGCCUACGAAUCACGGAAGAUGCAGGGCGCGGAAAAAAACUAUACAGUACACGACAAGGAAAUGUUGGCGAUCGUCCACGCCUUCAAGACCUGGCGGUGCUACCUGACCGGAGCUGACGUCACGCGAGGUACUUCUCGCAUUUGGGUGCCAGGCUACGAUUUACUUCGUACCCUCCUAAUCCAAGAAUCCCACGACAACCCUACCUCAGGACAUUUCGGCGUGGAUAAAACCACGAAGAUGUUGCAGCGGAAUUACUACUGGCCGAACAUGGCCGAUGACGUGCGCAAGUACGUGUCCUCCUGCACUGCCUGCCAGAUUAUGAAAUCGUCGCAUCAGCGAGCAGCCGGACUACUACAGCCGUUGGAUCCGCCCGAGAGACCCUGGCAACACGUCACGAUGGACUACGUGACAGGACUGCCGGCCGGCCCCAGCGGAAACGACGCCAUCCUCGUGGUCGUCGACCGACUCACAAAAAUGGCGCACUUCAUCGCCUGCCAACAGACAAUCACCGCCGAACAAACUGCGCAGCUGUUCAUCACGAACGUCAUCCGCCUGCACGAACUGCCCUCCGCCAUCAUUUCAGACCGAGACCCAAAAUUCACAUCGAAUUUCUGGCGCCACCUGUGGGACCAAUUCGGCACCAAAUUCCAAUUUAAAUCCGCCUACCACCCACAAACCGACGGGCAGACCGAACGCGUUAACCAAACCAUGGAGCAGCUAAUUCGCACCACCUGUACUGACCCAUCGACAUGGGAGAAAUCCCUUCCGCUACUCGAAUUCGCGUAUAAUAACGCGACCUCAGCCACAACCAAUCAAUCCCCAUUUUUCCUCAACUACGGACAGGACCUGGUAGUACCCUCUACACGGAACAUCGAGUCACCAGUGCCUCGGUCGCAGAAAUUUGCUGAAGACAUUCGCGCCACUCGCGACAAAGCAGCUGAGGCCAUUCGGAAAGCUGACCUGGUCGCAAGCCGACAAGCCGAUCGAGAUCGACGCGACGUCAAUCACAAAGUGGGAGAUCUUGUCCUCCUCGACACUCGCAAUUUGCGGCUGCCGAUCCCAAGCAAACUCCGACCCAGAUUCUGCGGACCUUUUCAAGAGGGGGGGAUAGUGUAAGGGAUUUCCAUUCCUUACUGAGU